CCUCCCCCUGCUCCUCGCACCCCUCAGCCCCUACACUCCGUCCUUCCCCGUCGCUGGUUGUCACACAUUGUUUACUACGGCUUGAAAUGUGACUCACAACACGGGCUAUCUGCUGGAGUACCGCUCUGACAACUGAGGGAUUCUUUUGACGCGCACCGUGCGUCUUGGUAAUUUGGGGAAAGGCUGUGGAGACUACCCUUCUGCCAUGACAGUGGAUUUGUAUGCGCUUUUAUGCGUGCUGGUCAUCACAUCCUCUGCGAUGGAAGAGACCGUGAUGGACACUCGGGUGGCCACAGCUGAACUGGGCUGGACAGCAUAUCCAAAUACUGGGUGGGAGGAAGUGAGUGGCUACGAUGAAAACCUCAACACAAUCAGGACCUACCAGGUGUGUAAUGUCUUCGAGCCUAGUCAAAAUAACUGGCUCCUCACCACCUUUAUUGAUCGUCGUGGAGCACAACGCAUCUAUGUGGAGAUUCGAUUCACCGUGCGUGACUGCAGCUCCAUCCCAAACGUCCCUGGCUCAUGCAAGGAGACUUUUAAUCUCUAUUACUAUGAAUCUGAUGCUGUCAUUGCCACAAAAGGCACCGCCUUCUGGAUGGAGGCCCCUUACCUCAAGGUAGACACCAUUGCUGCAGAUGAAAGCUUCUCGCAGGUGGACUUUGGCGGACGCCUGAUGAAGGUCAACACAGAAGUGCGGAGCUUUGGCCCAUUGUCUAAAAAUGGCUUCUACCUGGCGUUUCAGGACUAUGGCGCUUGCAUGUCUCUGCUGUCAGUCAGAGUGUUUUAUAAGAAGUGCCCAAGUGUGGUCCAGAACUUUGCAAUCUUUCCAGAGACCAUGACAGGGGCUGAGAGCACCUCUCUGGUAAUUGCAAGAGGAAUCUGCAUUCCCAACUCAGAGGAAGUAGAUGUCCCGAUAAAGCUGUACUGCAAUGGAGACGGCGAGUGGAUGGUUCCUAUCGGUAGCUGCACAUGCAAGGCAGGGUUUGAACCUGACAACGGCAACGUCUGUCGAGCAUGCCCGCCGGGUACCUUCAAGUCAACCCAGGGUCCAGGUCUGUGUCUACAAUGCCCUCCCAACAGCCGCUCCACAGCUGAAGCCGCCACCAUCUGUGUGUGCCGCAACGGUUAUUACCGUGGUGAUGCUGAUCAGCCGGAUGAACCCUGCACGAGUGUCCCAUCAAGCCCAAGGAAUGUGAUCUCCAUUGUGAACGAAACCUCUGUAAUCCUGGAGUGGCAUUCUCCCAGGGAGACGGGCGGCCGUGAAGACGUCGUCUACAACAUAGUGUGCAAGAAGUGCCGGGCUGACCGGCGCUCUUGCUCCCACUGCGACGACAAUGUGGACUUCGUCCCUCGACAGCUGGGUCUGACUGACACCAGGGUGUUCAUCAGCAACCUGCUGGCUCACACCCUCUACAGCUUUGAGAUACAGGCUGUGAAUGGAGUCAGCAAUAAGAGCCCGUACCCUGCUCAGCAUGUUUCCAUAGACAUCACCACCAACCAGGCUGCUCCCUCAAUAGUCCCCAUCAUGCACCAGAUCAGCUCCACCAUGAAUAGCUUCACACUGUCAUGGCCACAACCAGAGCAGCCCAAUGGCAUCAUCCUGGACUAUGAGCUGCGGUAUUACGAAAAGGACCAUGCAGAGAUGAACUCCACCAUCCUGCGGAGCCAAACUAACACUGCACGUGUGGAGGGCCUCAGGCCGGGUACAGUCUACGUCGUACAGGUGCGAGCACGGACUGUGGCUGGCUUUGGCAAAUACAGCAGCAAGAUGUGCUUCCAAACCCUCACAGAUGAUGACUUCAAGUCUGAGCUGAGGGAGCAGCUUCCUCUGAUUGCAGGGUCAGCGGCAGCAGGAGUGGUCUUUAUUGUUUCCCUUAUCGCUAUCUCCAUCGUUUGCAGCAGGAAAAGGGCAUACACCAAGGAGGCUGUGUACAGUGACAAGUUGCAACAUUACAGCACAGGAAGAGAACUCUCUUUGCGAGCCGACAUGUCUAACUGCCCCUCCCCACUGGGCUGCCCGACCCACUUCUCAGGCUCCCCGGGGAUGAAGAUCUACAUCGAUCCCUUUACCUACGAAGACCCCAACGAAGCUGUGAGAGAAUUCGCCAAAGAGAUUGACGUCUCCACCGUCAAAAUCGAAGAGGUCAUCGGUGCAGGUGAAUUUGGGGAGGUUUACAAGGGCCGUUUGAAGCUGCCUGGUAAGAGGGAGAUCUAUGUAGCCAUCAAGACUCUGAAGGCAGGCUACGUGGAUAAGCAGAGGCGGGACUUCCUGGCUGAAGCUUCAAUCAUGGGCCAGUUCGAUCAUCCCAACAUCAUCCGUCUGGAGGGUGUAGUCACAAAGAGCCGACCGGUCAUGAUAGUCACAGAGUUUAUGGAGAAUGGUGCCCUUGACUCAUUCCUCAGGCAAAAUGAUGGUCAGUUCACCGUGAUCCAGUUGGUAGGGAUGAUGCGUGGGAUCUCAGCUGGGAUGAAAUAUCUCUCCGAAAUGAACUACGUUCACCGUGAUCUGGCUGCACGAAACAUUCUGGUCAACAGCAACCUGGUCUGUAAAGUGUCUGACUUCGGCCUGUCUCGCUACCUACAGGACGACACUUCUGAUCCCAGCUACACCAGUGCACUGGGUGGGAAGAUCCCAGUGAGGUGGACAGCACCAGAGGCCAUCGCUUACAGAAAGUUCACCUCAGCCAGUGACGUGUGGAGCUACGGCAUCGUCAUGUGGGAAGUGAUGUCAUUUGGAGAGAGGCCUUACUGGGACAUGUCCAAUCAGGAUGUGAUUAACGCAAUUGAACAGGACUACCGUCUUCCACCCCCUAUGGACUGCCCCAGUGCUCUGCACCAGUUGAUGCUGGACUGUUGGCAGAAGGACCGUAACGUACGACCCCGCUUCGCCGACAUCGUCAGCACCCUGGACAAGAUGAUCCGUAACCCCACCAGCCUCAAAGCUGUAGCCAACAUCCCUGCAGUGCCUUCGCAGCCACUGCUGGACAGAUCCAUACCUGACUUCAACACCUUCAGCUCAGUAGAGGACUGGCUCAGUGCCAUUAAGAUGAGCCAGUACAGAGACAACUUCCUCAACUCAGGCUUUACCUCCCUGCAGCUGGUGGCUCAAAUGACCUCAGAGGACUUGCUGAGAAUAGGAGUGACCCUGGCAGGCCAUCAGAAGAAGAUCCUCAGUAAUAUCCAGAUCAUGAGGGUGCAGAUGAGCCAGUCACCCACGACUAUGGCAUGACUACAGAGGGCGCUGUGCCAUGGAGCGGGCAGCAUUCGUAGGACCAACAGCAAUGGCAGCCCUCGAAUGACCCCCGAUCCAUCGGAACGCGCCAGAGUCGAGACUAUUGUCUUAAUCUAAUCCACUAACGUGACAACAGGAGACCAGGGUCCUCACCACCACAUGGUUAACAGCUAUCACCCUUCAUGUAAUCCACACCAGGAGUUCAGGGUCAAGACUUGUAACUGUUUCUCCAUUUAUCGAUGAAUGGAAGACAUGCUGCGGUUAUGGACUGCCAUGCAUAUCAUUGUAAACCAAAAUAACUCCAACCACCCGACAUCGCCACGUGGAAUCUCUCACAAUUUCAGACCAUAUGGUAAAAUGAGUGAUAUUGUACUUCUAUAUUAUCUGGACUAGAAGAUGUUCAAAUUGUAAAGAGAAGUGUGAGCCAUUUAGAAACAACGUGUGAACUGUGAUUUUACCGUCGUCAAUGUGUUCGAUGAAGAUGCCUUGACCUGGCCAGAAAUCAGUCCAAGAAGAAAAAGCAAUUACCAGUACGAAUAAUUAGAGGGAGAAGAAUACAGGGAUGUACAGUGGAGCGCCAUUUCCAACUUUCACAUCAUCCUUUGCUCGUUUGAGGAAUUUGAAAAUUGUAUCGUAAAUGGACUGGUGAACAUUAAGAGCCAGUUACAUUUUUGUCUUUUACCAUCUGUUUGAUCGUUUUAGUUUUUUUUAUCACUAUAGCAAGAUGCCGCUCACUCGUAUUUUAACUUUAACACUACCUGUGGAUUCCUGGGUGGAAGGCCUGCCAAAGGACUUCUCAACCAGCCCCACCCAGAUUCAGAGAAUAUAAAUAUGUUUAUCUCUUGCUAAAUAUGAUUAUAUCUUUCAUAAUAAACCUUCAUAUUGAAGGUGAUAUGUAUGAAUAUGUAUGUACAGGUCUCUCUGCUUGCAUUUUUGGCAAAGACAUGCUUGUUGACUAGAUUGUGAUAGACACAUGCAAUGUGUAGAUUCCCUACGGUGCCCUGGUUCCUUUACGAUGACCGAACAACAGACACUGGCUUGUACGGCCAUCCGGACUCAAUCUUAGCCUGAAGAAAAACACUAAAGGAACUGUGGGCAAAUAAUUGGUAUUGUAGAUCAAUAUGAAACAUUCUGUAGGAUUUAAAAUCAUUUACAAAAUAUCCAUUUAUUGGAGAUCAUGUUUAAUGUGGGUGUACACAUGCUGUCUCUUGCUGGUGAGCACUUACUUGUACAGAUAUGUUUUAUGUUUUUAUUUCUUUUUGUUCUGUUGUUGAUGUUUGUGUUGGGAGUGUUCAGCCCCAUCCAGAGGGGAGGGGAAACCAAACCUACGCCUUGGCCGACCCAGAUCCAUGGUAAAUACCCACUAAUCACACAGGAAAAAACACUUCUUAACAUCAAAUUGCUCCGUUUCUGGUAGAUUUUAUUUCAGGCAAAUCCAGUUAGUCCUUGUCAUGGGUGCUGCAGAUAUCUUGGUCAAGGCAACAUUCAUUGCAAGUUUGAAAUGCAUAAGAGAGCUAAUCAUAGAACUGGAAAUUGGAGUGAAAGAGCAUCACUUCUCUUCACAGUAAAAUGAGCAUCUGGGCUGAGGUUUGCCAACAGACGCCUGAUGCCAUUCCUGUGAACACACAGGCUUAAACAGCCCACACGGGCACAGUGUAGCAAAGCCUCCCAUACACUGCUGCAAGUACGCUGCUGAGUAAAUCUAUGCAUUCUCACUAUAUGCUGCUGCCAUAUGGGUAGGCAGGUUGAGCACAAACGCUGUUGUGCCACAGAGAGUUUCAUAUAUCUCUCCAUAAGUCUUGGCUGCAGGAACUGGUGUAUGAAAAAUCACUCUUUGGUAGUAUCUGAUUGCAAGAUGUCUACAUUGUUCCCAGGGGAUGAGGGAUGGUUGUCUUUGGAAUUACACAGCAGUAUUUUUGGAAUAUAUUUCCAGCAUAGCUCUGGGUAGUGCACAAGGAUGAUUUCUCUUUUUUAAGGCUGUUGAUGGUCUUGUAUGAUUGCAGUGGGAUUGGUCGGUGCAAUGAGACAGUGUCAGGAAACCUUGGCGAUGAGUAGUAGAGGUUUGUUUCCCUUGAAGCUUGCUUUCUGCAGGCUUUGGGGAGUUUUUGCCAUGUUUUAUAAAUCAAGUGUUAGCAAUAACAACACUUGCCUUUAGUAGUGAAAGCAAACUGACCUGAAGGCUCCUGUGGUAAUAUUCCUUUGACAUCCAGCCAUGGCAGACAAUUAUCAUGAGAUAUUGUAGUGUCACGUAUCUGCAUUAGCUGAGACCCUGCUGAAAUCCCUUUUGGCCCUAUUUGAAGAGACAUGAAUGAAUAUGGUUCUAACCACCUUGGUCCCAAAAUUAGAAAUUGAUGGCAGGCCCAUUAGCAGAUUAUUAAGUAUACUCACCACCCUCAAGUCAUCUUGCUCCCCCUCCUUCUCCCUCUGUCUGUCCUGCCCUCUCUGCCUGUCUACACCCCCUAGCUGGCACAACUCCAGCUUGUUUAUCCUGGGUGUAACCAAGCUGUCCUGGGCCAGAAUGGGCAGGGCUGGGCCAUGACUGCUCUGUCCUGAGAAAUGGUUAGCUCCAUGCUCCAGUGGGCCCAGGCAGGGAUGCAAACACCUGCUGAGACCCCCUUCUGAAAGGCAUCUGAUCAGCCAGCGGGGAGGAAGACUGAUGGGAACAACAAAAAACUAACACACACACACUUAGUAACCCUCAAUUAUGUUAUACCCACAUCUGUUUUCCAGCCUGAUGCUUAAUGAAGGGAAAGUGUGCAGAACCCAGAGUGUGUGUAUAUGGGAGAUAGGGGGAUGAGUCAGUGUGCAGGAGGGAGGGGAUGGCAUAAAGAUAGGUUGGUAGAUGAAAGUCAGAAAGUUAGCUCAUUGAAGUAAAUCAGUUCCUUUCAUCUUGCAGUAUGGUUUAUGUGGCAACAUCUUUGUCCUUGUAUUAUGUUGAUUUCUUUGUUUAGUUUGGUAAAGGAAAAUACUGUAAUCAAGCUGCUAGUUUGCCUAAUGGGCAAAAUCCAUUGCUUUCUCCUUUCAAUAGUGCAAGCCGUUGAUUUACCAACUAUUUCUGAAUAUGAUCAUAUGCUUCUUGAGAUUGGCAGAAAUCCCUUUAGCUGAAGCCAAUGAUUCAAUUUGAAUGCAUUAGUCCUCUAUUCAGCUCAGUCUCGUGUGUUUGCUUUUCAACCCAAGAGCCUGUGAAUGGGACGAUAGAAUGUAUUCAUUAUGCAACAGUGUAAUUCUCCAUUUGCUCUGUUUGUCUUUCUAAAUACGUGACAGUAAUGACACUCCAAUAUGAUAAAUGUAAAGGGCGGGUCACCAUCCCUCUCUGAGUCGUUUCACAUGGAUGCCAUUCAUCACAGACUGAUACAAAACACAGGAACAGAGCUUGUUAAACGUUUCAUGGUGCUGUAACUGUCGAAGGAGGGACCAAUGAUCCUUUUAGUAGUGGAUUUCAUGCCUGUCAUUUACGGUAUAGGAUAGAGCAGUAGAGGCUGUGUUCACCUGAAAACAAUCUGACUCAACACCCUCCAAAACGUAUUAAAAAAAACAUUCUUUUUUUCCCUCUGUUUCAAACUGGGGACUCAAAGAUAUACACACAUACAAAAACAGUACACACAUACACUUCAUGUACACACUUUACACACACACCCUGAACACUUGCAAUUGCUUCGGUCAGCCAGUAAGCAGGAAGAACAGGUGAAAUGGGACCUUUCCAGGAGACCAGUCACAACCUCCCCCUAUAGGUACACACUGGAUGGUGGAGCUGAAUAUGAGUGUGAAAAUGUCAUAGUUUGUUUAUUUGUGUGUGAGAGAGAGAGUGAACGUAUGUGUUUGUUUGUGAGUAACAGGCACAUUUGUGUACAGACAUUUAUGUGUGCACAGGUACAUUGUUUAAGAGCGUGAACAAUUAUUAUUUUUUUGUCUCUGUAUAGCUACCACUUGUAAAUUGUGACAAGUACGUGUCAAGAGUUUGUAAGCUGUAACUUUCUGAAAACUAUUGUACUAAAAUGCACUCAAUAAACGCCUUGGAAAACAAGUCAAUCACUU